AUGACUUUGGCCACCGCGGCCCCCUGUGAGAAACCCCUUGAAGAUACUGCUGAGAUAGAUGAGGAAGUUGAGGCCCUCGAGGGUUAUUUGGUUGAUCCCAGUCAUUAUGCAAACAAUGCAUCAAGACUAAAAACCAGCGAUGACGGUCGCUUCGUUCUUAUCCCACAGCCCUUAGAUUCGAACGACGAUCCGUUAAAUUGGAACAAGGGCAAAAAGAUCAGGAAUAUGGUGAUCAUCGCGUAUAUCGCUUUAUUAGCAGAUUAUACUGGUGGAACGUCCAUCAUUACUGUUAUUCCCCAGUCCAUACAAUGGGGAUUAUCUCAAGCUGCAGUCCAGCGCACUGUCGUGGGUAACCUGUUCACAAUUGGGGCAUGCGGAUUAUUUGUCGUCCCCUUGACAAGUUAUUUUGGCCGUUGGCCAGUCACUUUAGUAUUCCAAUCUGUCAUGCUGGGGACAUGUAUUUGGUCUGCAGCAGCCACGAGCUUUCCCUCCUAUCUUGCAGCUCGUAUCAUCAAUGGCUUUUUCUGCAGCGUCGGACAAGGAGGUGCCUUGAUGUGGAUCAAAGAUUUGUUCUUUUUUCACCAGCACCCGCAGGUAAUCAACUAUGUUGAAUUUUCGAUUAUUUUGAGCCCCUACCUUGGUCCUCUCAUCACUGCUUUCAUUGUAUCGGAGGUGAGCUGGCGCUGGGCCUUUUGGGUGUGCACAAUUCUCGCGGGGAUAGGACUCAUUCUUGUCUUCUUUUUGGAUGAAACCCUUUUUGAUCGCAAGAAUCCGCCUGUCUCCCGAGGCUCAUAUGUCUCUCGUAUCCUCGGGGUUAACCAAGCUCAGGGCUGGCAGCAAAGAAGCUUUGCAUCUUGCAUGUCUCGCCCAAUUGUGGCUAUCACCAAGAUUCCUGUGUUGACAAUUAUGAUAUAUAACUUUUUGAAUACUGCUUGGGUGGUGGGCGUGAAUACUACCAUCGGUUGUUUCUAUUUCUUUGGGGUUGUCGGAUGCCUUGUCGGUUGGUAUAGUGGUCAUUUUCUCCAUGACGCAGUUGGUCGAUUCUAUACCAAACGACAUGCCGGUCGCCUUCAUCCAGAAGCAAGGCUAAUCAUCACAUACCCAGCCACAAUUCUAUGCUGUGUGAGCCUAAUAGUUCUGGGAUUUGCUUUUCAGAGACACUGGCACUAUAUGAUCAUUGCGGGUUUCGCUUCAAUCCAGGUUGUUGGUAUCAUGAUCGUCACCACUGCUAUCAAUGCGUAUUUGCUUGAUUGUUACCCUGAAGGAUCUGGUGAAGUCGGCGCAUGGGUAACGGCGAGCCGUAGUUGGGCCGGCUUCAUGGCAACGUAUAUCCAGAUUGACUGGGUCGAUCGUAUGGGAGCUGCGAAGGCGCUCGGUAUCCAAGCUGGGAUCACUGUUGCAUCACUGUUUUUCAUUGGUUUCCUGCAAAUUUAUGGGAAGCGACUAAGAAAGUGGCAGGGUCGAAUGGUAUUUAAUAAGAUUUGA